CUCUUCAUCUUCCCUCUUCCUUAACAAUUAUCACCUCCCUCACAUUCCCUUCUCCUUUCUCUCUCUCCCCUCCAAUUAGGGUUUCAAUUCCUAUAUAUCACUUCUCUGUGACUUAUCACUCUCAUUGCCUAUACCUACCUUUUCUCCGCAAGGGAAUUCAACCGCAGCUUCUCAAGUCAUCAGUCAGAUACCUGCUGCUCAUCUGAUUUCUUCAGAGAUGGAAAUUAAUAAUAGCUAUCUACUUGAUCGUGCGGCUAAAUUCUUCCUGCAGAAGAGAUAAAGUGUUCUUUAAUUUGUUCUGCUCUAGUACUACUGUACUACUGUGACUCUGAUGAUCAGGGACUGAAACAUUCAGUCAACAACAGAACAUGAGCACAAGAUCAUUGUAAACUAAAUGAAGUUUCCCGAAAUACGCUAAUUGGAGUUUUAAGUUUAAAGCUGAUUAAAGAUUCUUUUCUGAAUUAAUUCCGUCAUAGUAAUCAAUUUGAAGAAGGGGAAGAACACAUAAACAGAAACGGAAGGAAAAUACUGGGAAAAGAAGAGUGUGCGUGUGUGUGUAGGAAAGGGAAGACCAAGAAAUGGAAAAGAUAGCACUGUUGUCAUAUAAUAAUAUGCAAGGGAUGAUAUAUGGAAUUUUUAAAUCAAACCCAGAAAAGUUGUAUGCGCAGUGUAUGCAUGUGCUUGUAUUGUAUCAGAGAAUUCUUUGUGGAAAAGGUAAGAGGUUUGAGACAUUAACUAAAGUAAUUGAUCCAAACUGAACUCUCUUGCAAUAGACUAAUAAGGGAAUGCUUUUAAUUAAUAUAUUUCUAAUCAAGCUCAGUUCAUCUCAGUCGCUAGACGUUAAUUUUGACUACACCAAGACAGCAAAAGAAUGAAAGAGUGACAAAGGGGAGAAAGAAAGAGAAGUCUUAAAAUUACAGAAAACAAGAAUUGGUUAAUGGGUUUUUUUUUUUUUUUUUGGUAGUGAAGAGAGAUCGAGAUGGCGUCGUCGUCGUCGUCAAGCCCUUACAAUUCUCCAUGUGCUGCCUGCAAAUUCUUGAGGAGAAAAUGCUUGCCAGGUUGCAUCUUCGCUCCUUACUUCCCACCGGAAGAGCCUCAGAAAUUCGCCAACGUUCACAAGAUAUUCGGUGCCAGUAACGUCACUAAGCUCCUCAACGAUCUCCUUCCUCACCAGCGAGAAGACGCCGUCAACUCUCUCGCCUACGAAGCCGAGGCUCGCGUCAAAGAUCCCGUUUACGGCUGCGUCGGCGCCAUCUCCUUCCUCCACAGGCAGGUCCAGAGGCUUCAGAAGGAGCUCGAUGCGGCUAACGCCGUUCUGCUUCGUUUUGCCUGCGACGACAUCGCGUCUCAGCCUGGAUUGACCCCUUCAGUUCAACCAUGCCUGCCUCAACGACAAAGGCCUGUGAACUUUGCCUCUGAUGACUUUUACCCGCAAUCUUCGAGCAGUUAUUCUCUUCCUUGGGCUGAUUCUUCUUCGGACGCCUUCAAUAAUGGAGGAGGUAAUUUGUGAAUUAGACUAGUAGAAAUGGAAACCCCUUCUAGGGUUUCUACUUAACCUGCCCUUGCCCUAUGAUCUCAUGGUAUCUGACAUCAUAUAUAUCUAGUGAUGCACUCUAGCUAGCUGGAGCUGAUGGAGCCUUAUUACUUGGACUCUUGCCCAUAUAUAUACGUGACUUGAGGUCUCUCUGAAAGAAAAGUUAGGCAACCUUUUCUAGAGUUUACUGUUAAUUUCUUUGAUAACACUUUAACAAUUGGAGACUAUAUUUUUCUUUGUUUGAUAAUAAACACUCGAAAAGAUUUACCUU